CCCCGCGCGGCACCAUGCGGUGUCCGUGCCGCCCGCUCGCCGCCUGAGGGAGGGAGCGAGCCGCCGCCACGCGUGCCUCCCGCACCGGCCCUGCCCCAUGGCUUCCCCGGCGGCGGCGGGGCCCGGCGCCGCGCUGCCCCCGGGCGCGGCGCGGCGCGACUUCUACUGGCUGCGCUCCUUCAUCGCCGGAGGUGUUGCAGGCUGUUGUGCCAAAACAACUACUGCACCAUUGGAUCGAGUGAAGAUUCUGCUGCAAGCUCAUAACCACCAUUACAAGCAUCUGGGAGUGUUUUCUACAUUGUGUGCUGUCCCCAAAAAGGAAGGUUACCUUGGGCUGUAUAAAGGAAAUGGAGCAAUGAUGAUUAGAAUCUUUCCAUAUGGCGCAAUUCAGUUUAUGGCAUUUGACCAAUAUAAAAAGGUAAUAAAGAAGCAGCUUGGGAUUUCAGGGCAUGUGCAUAGAUUAAUGGCUGGAUCCAUGGCAGGUAUUACAGCAGUGAUUUGUACUUACCCUCUUGAUAUGGUUAGAGUUCGUCUGGCGUUCCAAGUAAAAGGGGAACACAAGUACAUGGGAAUUAUCCAUGCAUUCAAGAUGAUUUACACAAAGGAAGGUGGUUUUAGUGGGUUCUACAGAGGGCUGAUGCCAACUAUUGUAGGAAUGGCGCCAUAUGCAGGUUUUUCAUUUUUUACCUUUGGUACCUUAAAGAGCAUUGGACUUGCUCAAGCACCUAACUUGCUUGGACGGCCUUCAUUAGAUAAUCCUGAUGUCUUAGUUCUGAAAACACAUGUAAAUCUGCUGUGUGGUGGCAUGGCUGGAGCAAUAGCUCAGACGAUAUCAUAUCCCCUUGAUGUAACUCGUAGGCGAAUGCAGUUAGGAGCUGUUCUCCCAGACUCUGAAAAGUGCCUUACAAUGGUGCAGACACUGAAAUACGUCUAUCAACAACAUGGAAUACGAAGGGGAUUAUAUCGCGGUUUAUCUCUAAAUUAUAUUCGUUGUAUUCCUUCCCAGGCUGUGGCUUUUACCACUUAUGAACUUAUGAAACAAUUCUUGCACCUCAACUGAUUUUAUUUUUUUAGAAGACUUUCAUGUAAAACUACACUGUCACUUAAAUUAUAUUAAUAAGUUAAUUAUUUGAAGUUUCAAAAAAAGCCGUCUGUUAUUAUGGAACUGCUGGUGUCUGACAUCUUUCUUUGCCAAAAUGUGGUUAACUUCUUGGAGUCAAACCAGGAGACAGAUCAAAAUAAACAUUAAUCAGCUAUAAUUUUUUUUUUGCACUUGAUCUUCUAGAUUAGUGUUAAGAAUUACACAUUUAAAAAAUUAUAUCUAUAUUUUAUACAGGUUUCACGUUGUUACUUCUCUGGCUUUACGGUCAUUCCUGGAGUUACACACAGUUAGUUAUGUUGCUUUUUAAGCUAGUAGACAUCUGUUCUUCCUUAAAAAUGAAAUUCAAUAAACUGAUUUGAACAAAAUGCAAUGAUUUUCAUAUUCAGAUACUUGCUAGCUGUGUAGAAGCUGAAUUCACUAAACCACAACUUAAGCAUCUUUUCAUUCUGUUCUGUACAAGUUUUCUGUAUGCAAGAACAAUGCAUGUAUCUUUGGAUUGAUACAUAUGAGAAUCUCUUCAACCAUAUCAAUAAAAAAUGACAACAUGUAGACAAGAUUAGAAAUCUUGCAAGUUGGAAACUGUUUCCUUGGCAUACAUUCUAUUCUGAAAAAUGCUAUAUCUACACAAAUAAAACCAGGAGAAUUUUACAGAGACAAAUGUUAGACAAGGUCUGCCUAUGACAGUUAAUACGGGCCUCAUCUUACAAGAUAUUUCUGUACCUUUUCUGUGGAGCUCAAGUUCUCGGUUCAGUUUAUUAAAGGCUGAGUAUUUUAUGUACUUUCCAGUACUAGCUCGUGUAAACACAUUUGUCCCAACCUUAAAACGUUGUGACAAACAAGACUGCAUGCUGCUGCACUUCCUUUUUUAGGCAUAUGGACCAUAUUCAACCUCUCGCACAAGAAAACAAAAUGAUGAUUGUAUUGGAGUCUGUAGAUGUGUAUCUGUACUGUUUCUGAAGUAUGGUAUACAGUAGACUAUUAUGUUUUCUCCCUCCUACAAUUCCUUUUGUAGAGGGAAUUAUUUUACAGAUUUGUUUGUACAUGAUUUACGUUGGUACACUUCAUUUUACUCAUUUGAUUCAGGAAACAGUAAAGCAUUUACUUCAAGCAAUGUAAGUUAUUUAUUUAUUGUAAAUAUUUUAUCAGCAUCUUUUAAGAAUUGGAAAUGGUUAUGUUAAGAUCAUUUUGCUUGAUUUUUGACAAAUUGGACAAACUGCAUUUUGAGUUAUAUCUUCAAUACCAAUUUUUGUGACUCGAUUUUUUUUUUUUUCCAGUUUCUUAAAAGUAUGUAUUUCUUUGAUAUUUAACAGUGUAGCUAU